GUUAGGUUCAUAAUUUGAUCGUUUUAGUCUUUACUUCUGUAUGCUAUCAACAUUUAUUCGCGAUAUUCCUUUCGCAUUAGAAUCUAAAUAGAAGGAUGUACAAUGUGCAAAGAAACAAGCAACAAUGAGCUAUUGUUUGAUUUCAUGGGGUGCUAAUUCGCAUAGUCAACUAGGACAAGAUAUACAAUCGGAGGAAUGCGUUCUGGCUCGCGAAACUGAUUUGUCACGGUGUUCACUGCAACCAGAAAGUAUCAAGAAAAUAGUCGGAGGUGCUGGGCAUACGUUAAUUUUGGACAAUCAUGGUCAUGUAUAUUCUUGCGGCUGGAAUAAUAAAGGACAGGCCGGUUUUCCUAUAAAUGAAAGCACGCUUUUGUUUCGCAAGAUAGAGGGAAAAUGCCCCAAGACAAUUCAAUGGACACACGAGCCCUUUGAGUUAGCAAUCGGUCGAAAAAUUAAACGGGUCUCCAUUGGUUUACGGCACACUGCUUUAGUAACAGAGGACCGUAAGGUUUUAGUAGCGGGAUCAGGCAACAAAGGGCAAUUAGGUUUAAGCCCCUCGGAGAAGACAGAACUGUUCACUGCUGCGUACGCCUUCACGGAAAUUCCAACACUGACGAAUAUACAAGACGUUGUCUGCGGUCAACACCAUACUAAUAUGCUAAUAUCAUAA